AUUGCGUGAUUUUAGUUCCUAUUAUGUCAACAACUAAUUAGUAUUUUCUUUUUAACAUUUGUUGCACAAACUUGACCGUGAACUUGGAUUUUAAUUUAUUGAUUAUUUUUUUAAUGUUUGAACGUUUAUGUGAUUCAAAAUUUUUACAAUAUUAUCAAAAAAAUUUAAGUUAACAAAAAAAUUUAUUUUUUAGUUAAAAUAGUAUUUCAUAACUAAUAGUAUUUAAGACAAGGUUAUUUUAUUGGUCAACAACAUGACUUAUGUUUGUUUGUUAGCCAAAUAAGAUUGCCUAUAUAAUAAAAUAUUUCAUGUAGUUUAUAAUUAUUGAAAAUAAUAAUAAGUUUAAGAGAUUUCUACAUUUAUUGCAUAUCACUUGCUCUAUAUUUAACAAACCAUCUGCAACCAUUUUGAUAUGGACAAUAAAAUAGUUUACCGGUUUGAUUUAAUCUUUGGUUUUUGUCCGAAUUUGAAAAACGUCAAAAUGGUCGAGUGUUCGUUAUGUUCGUUGAUGAGUUUUUUCGGUAGCAGUUUGUAUAAUAUUGUCUCAACCGCUUUGGAAUAUCCAAUCGUGGUAUUUCUGUUGAGUCUAACUAUAGCAGCCAUAAUCAUAUCAAAUGUUCAAACGGCUCGAAUGAUUUGUGAUUUCGGUAAUGCGGCUAAAAACAAUUUCAAUAUAACGCCAAGGCCCAGUAGUAGUAAUAGCCUUGGCAACUUAGGUAAUAACUUUGACUAUGGUGCCGAUAGGGGUCCUCACACUUGGCGUUGCUCGGAAUCAAAUCAGUCUCCCAUAAAUAUAAUUGAUGAAUAUGUACAAAAAUUUCCCAUACGUGAGUUACUAACCUGGAAUCAUUAUGAUGAUUUGCCGGCUGCUGUAAUAAUUGAAAAUAAUGGGCACACUGUUGUUUUGCGUGCCUGCUUUUCGGGCAAUACACCCACUUUAAACGGCGCGGAUUUAUUAGCCAGCUAUACUUUUGUAGAACUAUGUUUUCGUUGGAGCGCACUUAAUAGUGAAGGUUCAGAGCACAUGGUCAACUAUCGCAAAUUUCCAUUAGAAUUACAAGCCAUGCAUCGUACCGGUCCGUCGGGUGAUUGUACCUCAAGUUAUGAUAUAUUAAUUGUUGCCUAUUUUUUUGAGAUCUCCGCUAGUAAUCUUUAUUUGGAUCCAGUUAUUCAGCAUUUGCAUCGCAUACAAAGACCUGGCGCAAAAAUUGAAAUUCAACCCUUUCCUCUUACUUAUUUGUGUCAUCAAUUUCGUACUGGAUUUUAUAGCUAUGGUGGUUCCUUAACUGAACCACCUUGCUAUCAAGGGGCCGAAUGGUUUAUAUUCCCUGAACCAUUAGCUAUAAGUGAACGUCAACUUUAUGAAUUCCGUCAAAUAUUGUGCUCUGAUGGUAAAACACGCAUCGUACGCAAUGCACGACCCGUGCAAUCUAUUAGUCGUUCUCGUGUCGUAAAUCUAAAUCAAUACAAUCCAAUAGGUGCUUGCAAUAUGCCUGAGUCAAGUGUUUGUGAGGAAAAUUGUGCAGGGGAUGAAUUCAUGGAUUAAGAAAAAGCAACGCCAAAAGAGAAGAAAAAAACAAAAAAUAUAUAUUAAAGAACAAAAAAAAAACGAACAAAAUAGUAAAUAAUAUACGAUCGUAAUGCCUUCCACCACACCUUUCUCAACAGGGAUUCACCGGCAUAUGCUAUAUAUUUUAUUUAAUUAAACACAGUCUAUUGAAGGUCUUAUUUUAUCCGGUACUACUACAACAUGCUUUAAUGCUUGGAGAUUCUUCUUGUCUGCUCACGCAGCCCUAUUAGUUGAAUUUCGGACUCAGUUUUUCCGUUAACGUUUGACAUAAAAGUCGCCAUCA